CUAUGCCCCCAUUGGCCACCUGACACUACUGCAUUACUGAUACAGGAAAAUCACAGAAAGAAAGUUAGAAGUGAAGAUGGCUUCUCUGGCAACCUUAGCUGCUGUUCAACCUGCUGCAGUCAAUGGCCUUGCUGGAAGUUCCCUCACUGGAACUAAGCUCUCUUUCAAGCCCUCUCGCCACAGUUUCAAAUCCAAGAAUUUCAGGAGUGGUGCUGUGGUAGCAAAGUAUGGUGACAAAAGUGUGUACUUUGAUUUGGAGGAUAUUGGUAACACUACAGGGCAGUGGGACUUGUAUGGCUCAGAUGCACCUUCACCCUACAACCCUCUUCAGAGCAAAUUCUUCGAGACAUUUGCUGCCCCAUUCACAAAGAGGGGAUUGUUACUCAAGUUUCUGAUAUUAGGAGGAGGUUCUACCCUUGCAUACUUCAGUGCAACAGCUUCAGGUGAUAUUCUACCAAUCAAGAAGGGCCCACAACUUCCACCAAAGCUCGGUCCCCGUGGCAAGAUCUAAUUUGAUUUGUAUCAGAACUCCAUCUACUGAAUUCCUUUUUUAUUUUUAUUUUCUGGUUUGCAUAAUGUGUAAGUAUGCUUACAAACUACUAUUCAAAGAUGCUUCUUUCCGGUCUAAUUGAGUGGCAUUGCUUUGGUUUUCAAUUGAAGCAAAAAAUAUAUUUGAUUGGAA